UGGAGGCGGGCGGAGGCGCAGCGGCCGAUCCAGGGGGAGACGCUAUCGCAAGAUGGCGUCUGCGAGACCGCGGGAUGCGGAGUGAGCGCGCCCCGCCGGGGGCUCGAGGCUGCUCCUCUCCCCGCCGCCGCCGCCGCCACUGCGGCGCCGCCUCCCCGCCUGCCAUUGCGCCGCGGCCAAGCCUCCCCGCCCCGCAGCGGCCCCCUGCGUCCCGGCCUGCAGCCUCCCCGCGCCCCCGCGCCCCCGCCACGCCCCUCCGGCUCCCCGCGCCCUCCGAGGUGUGAGCGCGUCGGGCCGAUGCGGUGAUCUCCGGCCCACCUGGGAGGAGCGCGUGGACCGGCGGGCGGCGGCGAGCAGUUGGCGAGCGCCUUUACGAUGGCCCUGACCCUGUUCGAUACAGAUGAAUAUAGACCUCCUGUUUGGAAAUCUUACUUGUAUCAGCUGCAACAGGAAGCCCCUCACCCUCGAAGAAUGACCUGCACUAAUGAGGUAGAAAACAGACCAAAGUAUUAUGGAAGAGAGUUUCACGGCAUGAUCUCCCGAGAAGCAGCAGACCAGCUCCUGAGUGUGGCUGAGGGGAGCUACCUCAUUCGGGAGAGCCAGCGCCAGCCCGGAACCUACACUUUGGCUUUAAGAUUUGGAAGUCAAACCAGAAACUUCAGGCUCUACUACGAUGGAAAACACUUUGUUGGGGAGAAGCGCUUUGAGUCCAUCCACGACCUGGUGACUGAUGGAUUGAUUACUCUCUAUAUUGAAACCAAGGCAGCAGAAUACAUUGCCAAGAUGACGAUAAACCCCAUUUAUGAGCACAUAGGAUACACAACCUUAAACAGAGAGCCAGCAUACCAAAAACAUAUGCCAGUCCUGAAAGAGACACAUGAUGAGAAAGAUUCGACAGGCCAGGAUGGGGUAUCAGAGAAAAGGUUGACAUCACUUGUUAGAAGAGCAACUCUGAAAGAAAAUGAGCAAAUUCCAAAAUAUGAAAAGGUUCACAAUUUCAAGGUCCAUACAUUCAGAGGGCCACACUGGUGUGAAUACUGUGCCAAUUUCAUGUGGGGUCUCAUUGCUCAGGGAGUGAAAUGUGCAGAUUGUGGUUUGAAUGUUCAUAAGCAGUGUUCCAAGAUGGUCCCAAAUGACUGCAAGCCAGACUUGAAACAUGUCAAGAAGGUGUACAGUUGUGACCUCACAACGCUCGUGAAAGCCCGCACCACGAAGCGGCCGAUGGUGGUGGACAUGUGCAUCAGGGAGAUUGAGUCUAGAGGUCUUAAUUCUGAAGGACUGUACCGAGUGUCAGGAUUUAGUGACCUAAUUGAAGACGUCAAGAUGGCUUUCGACAGAGAUGGUGAGAAGGCAGAUAUUUCUGUGAACAUGUAUGAAGAUAUCAACAUUAUCACCGGUGCGCUGAAACUGUACUUCAGGGAUUUACCAAUUCCGCUCAUCACCUACGACGCCUACCCCAAGUUUAUCGAGUCCGCCAAAAUUAUGGAUCCCGAUGAGCAGCUAGAAACCCUUCACGAAGCACUGAAACUCCUGCCGCCCGCUCACUGCGAAACCCUCCGGUACCUCAUGGCGCAUCUGAAGAGAGUGACCCUCCAUGAAAAGGAGAAUCUUAUGAAUGCCGAGAACCUGGGGAUUGUUUUUGGCCCGACCCUGAUGAGAUCUCCCGAACUUGAUGCAAUGGCCGCACUGAACGAUAUACGAUAUCAGAGACUGGUGGUAGAGCUGCUUAUCAAAAAUGAAGACAUUUUAUUUUAAAGUUUUAGUUUGAGGGAAAAAAAAGAGAUGUUUUACAGAUGAAGGAAUGUUUUAUAGUAAUUUAAUUGGUUCUUAUAGCUGAAUUAUUUCUCGGUUAGAGAUUUGGGCAUAUAACCAGAUUAAAAUGAAGGAACUUCCCCUUGUUUUUGUAGCACCGCUCAGCUGUCCUUGUAAAACACUGCACACACGCUUUCCAGUUCUAGUAAUCCUGGGUGUUCAUUAUGUUAAGAGAAACUCAAGCUAUUGCAUGCCCAGCCCCCUGCUUGGCAAGAGAAUCCCGUGCAAAGGGGACAACAAGCCUGCGCCGCCUCUUCGUCCUGGGUAGUCUGUGGUUGUAAUUCAGCAUGUUUCGCAGAGUAAAUCUGUCGUGGCUUCACUUUUGGGUCCUAUGUCUUGGUUUCUGAUGCUUAUGUAAACAUGCACACGAGUGGAUAAACCAGCCCCGCUGGCUGCUGCAUUGCCAUAGACUAGAACAUAUGCCGACUUUUCUCGAAGGCUUGAUCUCUGGUUUCUCUUAGUUCCUCUCUAACAUAGUGCUUUCUUUCCAGCAGAAGCAAAAUGCGUUUUCAGAUUUGUUACUUGAGUAAAUUAUCCAUACCAAUAAAAAAGUACAACGCAGAUCCUUUUCUGUUAAAUUAUUAUUGGUUUUCCGUUGUAAUUUUGUGUUUUUAUCCGGCAUGCAUUUAUUAAUUAAUUAAAUUUGCCUUUUAGAAAUCAAAAAAAUUGAGAGCUUACUUUUUUCCCAUGAUUGGGAGUAUUCGGAAAAAUGUGUUUGGCCAGUUUUUUAAUGCUGAGUAUUCCCUCUCACCUCUUGUUUACUGUUGAAAGUUUUGUCUUGAGCACCUAAACAAAUAAUUUAAAACUGCUUGGAAAUAGAGCACUCAUUCAUUGGAUUUCUUUUUCUUCUUGCAUAUUCUGGCUGAAAUCUAGAAUAUUCCUCGAUUUGGGGUGGUUGGGGCAGACAGGAGUUCCUUCUACAGCCAUCGGAAAAAGAAACAAGGCUAAGUAAAAAGAAUGAUUUUCUAAGCAUUUGGUUUGUCAGAAAUGUGUGAUGUUGACAUUCCAUUGAGCUGACGAUGCUGCCUGAGCUGGGUCCCAGAUAGCAACCUGACAACUGAGGAAGGGGGGUUUGCAUGCAGGGAGAUGCCAGGAAACCCAGAGAAUGGGGCUGGUACUGUCACUAGCCACCCAUGUGGCUUUGAGCAAAUGACACUCCAGAGUUUGGUUGCUUGUGUGUCAGAUGAGCAUCCCGCCAGAACUGAAGUUCUCUCCUGCUUUAAGAAGUUUAAAAAAAAAAAAAAGGACUGGACACAUUUCCAUUUUUGCCAUUUCAAUCCUUAAUACUUUUAAGACUAUCUCAAAGAUAACGGAAACUGACAGAAAUAUGGAGUUUUUCUGUAUUUUUGCUCCUGGGUUAUAACCAGAAGUUGGUAGUAUGUUUUUAUUAAUGUUUAUAUUCAGAAAAGUAUGGGUAUUCAGGAGAUGGUCCACCACAGCCAUCCUCUCAACCACCGUCUCCUGUGAAGAAUGUCAUUGCACUGAGCAGCACUGGAUAUUGGAUACAUAUAUGAAUAAAGUACAGGAAAUGUUUUAUAUAACAGAAGAUUUCUUUAAAAGGGAGGCCACUAAAAGGCACUAUCCACCGAAGGAAUGCUUUUGACUCACGAAAUACGUUUGUCAGAGAAAUCGGAUCAGCUGACGCCGUCCGUGGGUUAGGCAGACCUCCUGAACCGUGGGGUGCUCAUGGCUGCACUUCAUUCUGUGCAGUCCUCUUAGAGGACAAAAUCCGUGUAAAGAGAUAUGCUUUAUUAGAACGUAAUCACCCUAUUUUUUUCCUAAAAGGAAUAGAUAUGAUUGACUUUAGAGUAAACAUUUAGUAUAAUUAGACAUCAAUCUGGAGCAAAAGCAAUGCCUAAUAUUAAAUAUUAAGCAGAUGUUAAAGUUCCGAGGAUGUCUCCAGACAAGGUUACUGUUGACCAGGUCUGUGAACUAGUGCACUUGCUGUGGUUUUAAACAGAUGGACGUGAGGUUCAUCCCUCCAGGAUGUGCAGAUCCAAGUAACAGCUACAUCAUCUGUGAGCGCUCUUGGACUGCUGGGUGAUGCUCCUUGAAAUGAACAUACAAUUGCCAGUCCCUUAGGGAGGUCCUUACGCAAUAAUUAACCAGAGUCUUUUAUACACAUCUUUCUGCGGCCACUGGGAGAUUUCUUAACUCAUGACCUUUCAGGAUGAGGCAGUGGUUUCUGUUUAUUCCCACUACAGUGUGGAGUGGGAGGAGGGACCCACCGACCUCUCCAUGAUCACCCACGGAUUUGGCAGCACUACAGAU